AUUUCAACGUUUGAACCUCACUGUUUUUGGAUACUCAGUAACAAGUGACUUGUCGUUUAAAAGAUGAAUGGUUAUACUUGAGACUAAACUGAACAAAAUUUCAUUCUAAAUUCAUGAAAUUCGGGAACCAGACCAAACAAUUCUCUCAUCACGUCAAAGUGGGUCCAUGUUUCACUCGCCCUGCUUAUCGAGACGGUAGGCGUAAAACAGCUGUAAAGGUCUUCACCGUAGCUGAUGAGUCAUGUUAUCUCUUGAUAUUUGGAGUCCCAUCACUGGACCUGGAGCACCCUUUAAAGGAAAAGUGUAAACAGUAUGGGAAUGUCCAAAGUGUGGUGAAAAUUAUUGAUUAUCCAGACAAAGAGACAUUUACUGAUGUUUUUGUCGUAAAAUAUGAUAAUCUCAAAGCCGCAAGAUAUGCCAAGCGUCUAUUAGAUGAUUCUUCUUUCUACGGAGGUUCUUUACACGUCUGUUAUGCACCUGAAUAUGAAACUGUGGCUGAAUGUCGUUUGAAGCUGUACGAAUGCAGGCAUUUAAAUGCAAGAAUUUCCAGGAAAGUGGAACAUGAUUAUCUUCAGAAAUUCUCUACUAAAUGUCAAACAUCAGAUCCGGAUUCUUCAGUUCUUCCAUCACCAUCUGUAUCAUCAACAUCAGUAAAAUCUGAUUUGUCAGAAUCUAUAAAAUUAGAAAUACCAACUAAUCGGGAUAUAACUGUUCUACCGGUUUCACAAGAAAACACAAUGCAUUCCAAUGAGUCCGCCACCUACCAAUCAUAUGACGCUUUAGAUGACUCUCGGCUUUAUUGGAGGAAACUUGGAAUUACAUUAUUUGACAAACAUCAAACAGCCUGUAAUUUCGGUACUUCUUGUCCUACUACUGCUGCUACUAUCAAUUAUCCAUCUAUUCCUACACCUUGUGAUUUAUCAGUUGCCCCAAAACGUUCAAUACCCCUUUCUGUCCAACAGGCUUUAAGUUGUCGACCAUACUUGGAGAAUAUUUCGAAACCUAAUACAUCGUUGUCAGUCAGCAAGGUAUCUUCUGACACUAACAAAACAGUGAAGCACUACCCAUCUAUCUCCUUAAUCCCACGCGUUAUUAUUAGUAAAGAAUAUAAAAGAAAACACUCGACAAACUCAGAAGCUCUUCCACAAGUAUCAAAGUCAACAGCCCCUAUUUCUGUCCCAAACAAGGACCAAGUUUACCGCCAACACAUGAUCAAAGAGAAAAUAAUAUUGAUCGAACAAGGAUUGUAUUUCAUCGUUCAAAUUCCAAACGACAUUGUACACAUCCUUCAGAAUCUACAGACAAUUGAAUAUGUGAUACUCAUUUUGUCGGUCACGAUCUUCAGGUAUAAUUAG